CGGAAUCAUGGCGCUGGCCCCCAUCGCCUUCAUCGUGGGCAUCGCCCUUAUCAAGAGCAUUACGCUCAUGCUGCUCGGCCUGUACCUUCUCCGUACGUGAAAGGAAAAGCCGGUACGAGGACGAAGCGAAGCGUCCGAUUCGUCGAGUGGGGGCCCUGUGUUGCUCCUCCACAUCCACAUAACCCCCGCAGACAAAAAGCACGCAAGACGGAUCACGCCAACACGGUUGAGGGAGGGCCCGCCUGCCUCGAGCCUGGAGAACCCGCGUCCACAAAAAGGGAUCGAGGAGCGAGAGAAGCAGAACGAAACCAAGGGGACUUUUGUCUUUCUUUUCUUUGCUUUAAAAAGAGACCAAAAAAAAAAAGAGAGGGGAGGAACGAAUGAAGAGCUCUUCCCCCCGCGAGCGUUCACAAAGGAACAAGAAAACCGUGUCGGAAAAGGCCUGACCCGGAACGGAUCGUUUUCUAUUACUCUUCCUACGCACCCUCCUCCGUACCCGUCUUUUCCCACAGCGACCAUGGCGUCCUCCUCCUCCUCCUCGUCGUCGUCGUCGUUCACCUCCAUACCGAUCCUGUCGCUGGCGGCGGCCAGGGAGCCGACGACCAAGGCGCGGUUUCUGGACGAGCUCCGCGCGGCGCUGUUGCACGUCGGCUUUUGCUACCUGAAGGACACCGGGCUGCCCGAGGACCUGAUACGGAGCGUGCGCGAGCAGACGCUGGCGUUCUUCGACGAGGACGUGCUGCCGCUUGUUGAAAAGGAGAAGAUCGAGAUGAAGAAUGAGAAGAGCUUCCUCGGCUGGAGCAGGUUGAAUAACGAAACAACAGCAGGACACAGCGAUUACCGUGAACAGCUCGACCUGUCAACGCCUCAGCCGCUGCCGAAGCCCACGGACCCCUUGUAUUGGAACUUGAAGGCACCAAACCAAUGGCCCUCGCCCGCUCACCUGCCCAACUUCCGCCCGGUUUUCGAGGAGUAUAUGGCGCGCAUGUCGGAGAUCAGCAUGUUCUUCACUUCGCUAAUUGCCGAGGCGCUGGGCAUGCCCCCGACGGCGUUCGAUCGCUUCUUCGACGAGAACCAGCAGCACAAGCUCAAGAUCGUCAAGUACCCGGAAGCCCCUACGGACUCGGACGACCCUGUCGAGCGGCAGGGAGUGGGCCCCCACAAGGACAGUAUGUUGACGUCCUAUCUGUUGCAGGUCUCCAAUCAGCCCGGCCUUCAGGCGCAAAACACGGACGGCGAGUGGAUCGAUGCGACUCCGAUCGAGGGAACGCUCGUCGUCGCGAUGGGCCAAGGCCUGGAGGCUCUCACGGCGGGCGUCUGCGCGAGCACCACGCAUCGGGUGCUGAGCCCAAAGCGAGGCCAGGGAGCGCGGUACAGCGUGCCGUUUUUCCAGGGCGUGAGCUACGACGCCAAGUUCGAGGAGAUGGACGUGCCGGACGACGUGCGAGCGCUCCGAAGAGACGUGCUUGCUCGCAACGGCGGCCGCAAAGACGACGUCGAGUUCACCUUCAGGAAAGGACGAUGGGGCCACCUGGGCGAGGCUACGCUGUCGAACCGCGUCAAGAGCCACCCUGACGUGGGAGAAAGAUGGUAUCCCGAGCUGCUUGCCAAAAUUCGUGAGGAUCAGGCUGCCGAAGCGCGUCGGAAAGAAGCGAAAGCAUCAUGACCCCCGCGCUGCACCGUGCAUGGAAUGCCCCCGAGUUUGGUCCCAAAGGCGUACUGUCUGACGACGGUGUAUCUUGAGACAUGUCGGUUGGAUUGCUUUUUUCUUUUUGCGCAGACGCAGGGACUGGGUGAGGAGGGGGCUGUAGAGAGGAGUCACAGAAAGGUGAUGUGUGCCCUAAAGUCUUUAGAAGCCCAAUAGAACGUGUCGCGAAAUCCAAGAGUUCCGAAAAGCUCGAAUAAAUUAGUGCGGCCAGUUUCUGGCGAGAAUAAGGGGGCCCAAGGGGAGUCCGGACUUUUCCGGGUCACUCUGGGCAUUAAAACGUCCACGCUCGGCAGCCAGCAGCUAAAGAAAUGAAAAAAAAAAAAAAAAAGACAAA